CCACUCUCCUUUCCUUUUAAUUGCUGAACAAAAUCCCACUCUUCCCCACUCCCCCAAACAGAGCCAAGAAGCAUUCCGUUCCCUCUUCCUCAGUUUCUCUCAGCCACCAAACAGAGCACUUCCAGACAGAGAGGCAGAGAGAGUUGAAAUCAAUGGGGAAUUACAGGUUCAAGCUAUCAGACAUGGUGUCCAACUCCUGGUUCUACAAGCUCAAGCACAUGGCGAAAUCGUCAAGAAAUCACGACCCGAAACCGAAGAAAACAGAGCAGCAGCAGCAGGAGGGCAGAGCCCAGAAAUCCCAUCAGCAUUCUGUUCCAAGAAAGUCCUACCACUUCACCAGAGACCUCGCCCUCAAUGACUCAGUUUCGCCCUCGGAGCCAAAGCUUUUGGACGGCCGUUACUUCCCGAUCGCGAACACACCGAGACAAUCGACAAAGCAGCGCAGAACGAAUGCCCGGAAGUCCAGGAAGAAGAAGCCUCCGAGGCACGUGAGCUCCUCUGUCUCUGCUGGCUGCAGCUGCAGGGCAACUCUGGACUCUGUCUGGGCCAAAACAGAGCCAAUCUCUGUCGUCGAGACGGAAUUCUCCAGCUCUCCUUCCUCCUACUCGCACUCGCACUCGGAUUCGGAGUCCUCCUCCGUCGAGCAACCACCGCAGCUGCCUCAGUCUUUUGAUCAAAUGGUGUCGUGGUCUACUUCUUGCAGCUGUGGAGUCAACUCCGGCUUGAAAGACAUCGUCUUCGACGUCGGCAAGAGCUCUUUCGAUCCUGAGAUUGAGCUGCCGCCAAUCGUGACAAAGCCUAUGAAGUUCACCGACAUGGUGAAGAAUGUGAGGCGGCUGGAGGAAGCUGACCGUGACCGGUCCGUGUCGGUCAAGGUUGUAAAAGAACAGACCAUCACCGUGAAAGAGCACGCCCCCGCCAGCCUAAAACCGAGUCCCGUGAGGGGCUUCGCAGUAAACUCGCCGGGCGUGAGGCUACGGAUAAACUCGAACUCCCCGAGGAUCGUUCCAAGGCAGAAGACACAGGGCAGUCAGAGGAAGAGCAGCGUCUCGGCGUCGUCAAGCUCAAGCGCGGGGUCAGGGAACCGGAGGAGGAGGAGCGUGUCAGACAGUUUCGCCAUCGUGAAGUCGUCGGCCGACCCGAAGAGGGACUUCAGGGAGUCGAUGGUGGAGAUGAUCAUGGAGAACGACAUCAGGGCAUCCAAGGACUUGGAGGAGCUUCUUGCUUGCUAUCUCUCCCUCAACUCAGAUGAGUACCAUGACGUCAUUAUCAGUGUUUUCAAGCAAAUUUGGUUUGAUCUCAGUGCCAUUAGGUUACAAUGAAAUUGUAAUCCGGCUGUAACCAUGAUGCAGUCGGCAAACUGCACUUUUACUAGCAGUAUAGUUCGAAAUCCACUGCAGUCACUUUGUGAUCUACAACUGAGCGAGAGUUAGUUUUAGCGAAUAGACUGAGGCCAUCUCGUGAUCUUACCGAGAAUGUUGAAUCGUUAAGCUAAUCUUAAUUUGUAUAUAUACUGUGUUUAAUGACAAAUUAUUCUGCUGAUAA